CGGCGCAAGUCUCGCGAGAUUUGCGGGGGAGGGCGGUGCGAGAUGUGCGGUGGUUGUGUGGGCACCGAGUACCCGGAGCGGGGCACCACCUGCCUGGAGGGCGGAUCUUUCCUCCUGAACUUCGUGGGGUGCGCGCAGUGCGGCCGCCGGGACUUCGUGCUGGUCAGCAACCGUGCCGAGGGCCUGCAGGGCGAGGAGGAGAUCGUCACCUAUGACCACCUGUGCAAGAACUGCCACCACCUGAUCGCACGCCACGAGUACACCUUCAGCGUGGUGGAUGACUACCAGGAAUAUACCAUGCUGUGCCUGCUCUGUGGCCGUGCUGAGGAUUCUGUCAGCAUCCUGCCUGACGACCCUCGCCAGAUGACCCCACUGUUCUGAUCCCCCAGGAUGAGUAAUUUCUGGGGAUCACACAGUCCCUAACAUGAUUUGCUCCUCCAAACUUCCAGCCUGGAUGCAGCAAACACCCAACACCAGAUGCUCCCAUGUGUUUGGAGCCUUUUGGCUCCGACCCUGACUGCAAGGAUAGGAUGCAGUGCCACGGCCCGACCCGUGUGCUGAAGACAUAGUCCCCCAAAACUGGAUCCAAAGGGACUCCCACCCCAUCCCACCUCAGGAGCCCUCAUAUGUGGGGUAAUAAAUGUGACAUGUGACAGCUUG